AUGAGUCCGUGUUUGGUUAUAAGCCUCUUCCUAAUUUGUGCCAGCCUGGUCCACGUUGCCUUCCCUGAAAGGAAUGGUUCUGUUAACACUGCCAUCCACCAAACCUUCAACUUGGCUUCUCAUCUGAAAGGCAAUAGCUCCAUCCUCCUUGAGACUUACCUCAGACACCAAGGUCCUCCAUUUACGGAUAAAGACUUCCACACUCAGGGACUAAGUUGUGAUAGACUGCCAGUGGCUGCCAUUUCUUUCCUGGAAUGGCGAAUGCUCAGUGACCUUGACCGUCUGGACAAAAACUACAAGGCUUAUAGCAUCAUCUCGGAAUUCUUGCAGCUGGUCUGGGAUGAUCAAUUUGAACUCAACCCCACCGAAGAUGGCCUUCUAAACAUGCUGAAAGAUACCCGGAUGCAGGUCCAGGGCCUUGUUAACAACUUGACCAUCAUCAUAUCUGCCUUGAGGGCCCCACCCUCACCAGUUACUGACCCUCUCACAUUGGAUGUAGUUAAAGCAAACACCUUUGAGAAAAAGAUUCGGGGAUAUGUAGUGUGUUCCACGUACAAGCAAUGGAUUGACCGAACCGUACGGGAUUUUAAUCUUCUUGUGAAGAAAUACCCUCUUUAA